UUCCGGACGUGGGACCCGCCCCGGAGUGGCUCCGGCUGGCCAAAUAGGGAAGCGGAGCAGCAGCAGCCGGGAAGGAGGAGGAGGAGGAGGAGAGCAAGGAGGCGCCGCGCUUGGCUUUCUGCAAGGGGCGAGCCCUCUUCUCCCUCUCCAGGCCCGCUCUCAGCCAUCUUUUUGGGGGGCCGAGGAGCCAACAAGUGGGGCAUGGCGGCGGCGGGGCGCUGGGCUUUUUGAGAAGCUCGGCUUUGUUGACUUUUGCUGUGGGGCGCCUCCCAAACCGUCAUGAAUCCCAACGAAGGCGCGGCGCCGCAGGAGAAGUACAAGUUGGUGGUGGUCGGCGGAGGCGGCGUGGGCAAAAGCGCCCUCACCAUCCAGUUCAUCCAGUCAUAUUUUGUCUCCGAUUAUGACCCCACAAUUGAGGACUCAUAUACAAAAAUCUGCAACAUCGAUGGAACCCCAACGCGUCUGGAUAUUCUGGACACUGCUGGGCAGGAGGAGUUUGGGGCCAUGCGAGAGCAGUAUAUGCGCACAGGGGAAGGUUUUCUCCUGGUCUAUGCCAUCAACGACCGUGGCAGUUUCAUCGAGAUCAACAAGUUCCACACUCAGAUACUUCGAGUGAAAGACCGUGAUGAGUUCCCCAUGAUCCUCGUGGGCAACAAGGCUGACUUGGAUCUUCAUCGGCAGGUGUCCAAAGAAGAAGCCCUCAGCUUUGCCCGGGAGAAUCGGAUCCCGUACAUGGAAGCUUCCGCGAAACUCCGCCUCAAUGUGGACGAAUCUUUCCAUGAGCUGGUGAGGGCCAUCAGGAGGUUUCAUGAGCUGGAGUCUCCUCCCGCCCCGACUGUUAACCCUAAGAAGAAAGAAAGCAAAGGCUGCCCUUGUUCCAUUCUGUAAACUGCCUUCCCGCACCAAGCUACGGAUCCUGGAAAGGGAAAGAAGAGCUGCUCUGGUUCCUUCCAGCGAGAGGGUUGCGCAGGAUUGCUCCCUCGCUCCACUUUCCCCCACUUGCAACAAGGGCUGGCAAUGUGUAUUCUGCAGUUGUGCCUCAAUACUACACUUUCUCUACUGUCACAGAGGACCUUGCAAACUGGAACAGGGCAGGAAGUGGAUGUAUCAUAUUUCUCCAGACCUUCAGCACUAUUGCCGUGAACACGCUUUGUGCCAUUUGGGGAGGAUUCAAGCCCUGCGUAUCCUACUCUUGACACUUUUCUGUCCUAAAUUCUUCCAAGCAAAUUGCAUUGAUUUGGUGGCCUUCUUUGCUCAAGGGUGCACAUGGCAGGGUAAUGUAAGAAAUGUCGGUUUUGGGGUGAAAAAUUGGAAGAUGGACAGUUUGGUGAAUAUAUUAUGUUGGGGCAUUGGAAAACCAGAGCCGAGGAUCAUACACUUCACUGACGCUAGAGCCAGCAAGCUUCUGCACCUACACAGAUGAGCAUCCGUGCUCCACCACAUAUUGUAUGAAUGCAUUUAAAGGGGUGUUUUAAUCUUUUUUUAAAAUAAUAAUAAUCACAGCCGUAAGUGUUCCCUAUCUUCCCAUAAUCUGAAAGAGAAGCAGCAGCAAGCACUGAUUUUCCUACCCAGUAGCUGUUAUUCCAUGUUGUACUACUCAUUACAUGAAUUCUCUAAUAUGGGUGACACACACAAGUAAGCCACAAACUCCUUAGUAGUCUAUGGUGGAGUAGUAAGAUGAGAGGUAAUUCAAAAUAUUUUUCUCUUGUUCUGAUCUUUUCCCUAUAUAGGCAAAUGUACAAGCUGCUCUUUCUCCCAACUAUGUUGAGAACAACACUGGGCAGUAAAUGUUGAGAAAACUUAAGUGGUCUUUGGAACCGAAUUAUUAAACUAGUCACCACUUUUUAAAAUUUCAACCAAGAAUAGAAUGAUUUGAUCCCCCCCCCCCCUUUCCUUCACUAGUGCAUUUAGAAGCAAUAAAUCCAGAUCUGGCAAAAGUUGUGACUGAAACUCCCAUAGGGUUGUUUUGAGUUUUCCAGGCUGUUUGGCCAUGUUCCAGAAUCAUUCUCUCCUGAUGUUUUGUCUGCAUCUAUGGCAGGCAUCCUCAAAGGUUGUGAAGUCUGUUAGAAACUAGGAAAAUUGGAUUUAUAUAUCUGUGGAAUGUCUAGGGUGGGAGAAACUCUUUGUUUGACGUAGAUGUGAAUGUUACAAUUGGCUACCUUGAUCGGCAUUUAAUAGCCUAGCCUGGCUUUUUACUGUCUGGGGAAUCCUUUUUUGGGAGGCGAUUAGCUGGCCCUGAUUGUUCCUUGUCUGGAAUUCCCAUUUUUAGUGUUCUUUAUUUACUGUUAAGAGGUCAAACAAAGUAUUCUCCCAGGCAGUAAGAAGCCAGACCUUGAAUCUGCUAGGAUAAUUAAAUGCUAAUCAAGACGGCCAAUUACAAUAUUCACACCUACCUCAAAUAGACAAGAGUUCUUUCUCCCACUCUGGACAUUCCACAGGUAUAUAAACAGCAACAGACCUCACAAGCUCUGAGGAUGCCUGCCAUAGAUGUGGGUGAAACGUCAGGAGAUAAUGCUUCUGGAACAUGGCCAUACAGCCCGGAAAACUCACUACAAGCCAGUGAUUCCGGCCAUGAAACUCCCAUAAUUUCCCGUCUAUGGGCAGCUAGCAUUCUGGGAGGAGUUGUCCACUUUUCCAAAAGUUCUGUAAGCAAAGGAGUAACCAGAAUUGGUUGCUAAUUUGUUAGCAUUUCAUCCAUGGUCAGUUAAUUGAUCAAGUCCUGGGAUUUCCCACCAUAUCCUUAAAGGCACAAUCACGUUUAAAUAUUGGUGUCUUUUUUGGGUGAUCUGUACCAAUGGAUUACCUGAUUUUCUUGUUCUUCUACGGUUCCAGAACCUAGUCGAAUGUAUUCGCUGUCUGCAAUAGAGCAAACGGUUAAUGUUCGGUGGAUGUUUAGGGCAGUUAGAAGAUGGGUAAAUGAAAUGUCUUCUGUUAACACCUCUUCCAUGAUGUUGCAGAACAUUCCAGCUUCUAAAUACCAAAGAGUUGAUACUUAGCCUAAAUCCAAAUUUCGAGGCACCUUAAAUACAGACGUACAUAGAUUGCAGACCACUUUGUUGAUGAUGUCAACGAUGUUUUCAGUUUGCAGAGAUAGUUCAAAUACAGAGAGGUACAUGGGGGUGGAGGGUGUCAUUUUUGGUACUGAAUGGGGCUAAAAGCCCCAUGAAACACAAGGGUAAUAGUAGGCUGUGAGUUAGUCACUUAUCCAACAUGUGAUUUUAAUAAAAGGGAAGUUGUCCCAAA